AUGCAGAUACAGGCAUACAGGUACGGGAUGAGGCACGAAGUACUAAAUGAUCUACUGGGAACGUUGCGGUGCUUAAGAGUGCUCAAUUUAUCGGAAUAUGAUAUUAAGUUGUUGCCUGAUUCAAUUAACAACUUGAUACAUCUAAGACACUUGAAUAUGUCCUCCACUUCUAUUCUAGUGUUACCUGAGUCAAUUUGUACUCUGUAUAACUUGCAAGAAUUAUUGCUGGCAAACUGUAAAUCUCUUGCUGUACUGCCAAUCAACUUGGGAAGAUUGAUCAAGUUGACUCAUCUGGAUUUAGAAGGUACAAACUUAAGGAAGAUGCCAGCACAAAUGGGAAAUUUGAAAGAUCUCAAGAUAUUAGACAAGUUUGUGCUACACAUCGAGCAUGAUGUUCUAGAGUUAAAGAAGCUUCAAAAUUUGCGUGGAACACUUUGUAUUGGUUCACAAACUUGUAUUGGUUUUAUUGUUUACGGUACUGAUGGUAGUGCUCUGGAGGCCAACAUUCUGAAGGACAAAAAGUUUCUUACUGAAGUAGUUAUGAAUUGGGUAUAUCUCCCUGACGAGAGCGGAAAAGGAGAACCAAGUUUGGAUCGGAGAUUAUCGAGAUAUACACAACUAGAAAGAGAAUUGCUUCACAAGCUCCAACCUCAUACAAACCUUGAAGUUCUCACGAUUAAAUAUUACAGAGGCACAACAUUUCCAGAUUGGCCAAACUUUUAUUCUUCCUCUGCUCUUGUUUAUCUUCGACUUUUCAAAUGUAAAAAUUGUAUCACCUUGCCACCACUAGGGCAGCUACCUUCCCUCAGAGAGCUUCACAUUGAGGGGUUAAAUGGAGUGAAGUCCAUAGGUCCUGAGUUUUAUGGCGAUAGCGGAAUUAAGCCAUUUAGAUCUCUGCUGCUUUUGCUUGUUGAUCGAAUGCUUGGACUGGAAGAAUGGUCCUAUAUUGGAGAUGUCAAUCAUGAACUUGAGUUGUUUCCUCAACUUGGUGAGCUUUCUUUCCAGGGUCUUCCCAAGCUGACUGGGAAACUCUCCCUUGACAGCUUUCCCAUGCUUAAAAUCCUGAAUAUAGUUUUGACCAGGUUAUCACUUGCUGUUUCAUGA